AAGGUGAAACGCCGCGGAGCCUCGAUCGGAGCCGUUUCAAGUAAAAACUGCGUUUUACUCAUUUUUAAUAAUAAGCUCCUGUUUUUGAAGCCACUUUUUUGAACAGCGGCAAAUCAGCUAACAUCUGGAGGUGUAGUAGACGUCACUGACUCGGUCUCAUAGUCCCUCGACGACCUCCCCAGCAGAGUCAGGCAGGCCGACCUCCGACCCCUGACGAUGGACUGCUCGUCCUCCUCCACCUCCAGCUCGAUGGCGAGCAGCAACGUGACCAACAAGACCGACCCACGCUCCCUCAACUCCCGCGUCUUCAUCGGCAACCUCAACACGCUGCUGGUCACCAAGGAGGACGUGGAGGCCAUCUUCUCCAAGUACGGCAAGAUCGUGGGCUGCUCGGUGCACAAGGGCUACGCCUUCGUCCAGUUCUCCAACGAGAGGAACGCCCGCACGGCCGUGGUCAGCGAGGACGGACGCAUGAUAGUGGGACAGGUCCUAGACAUCAACCUGGCCGGCGAGCCGAAGCCGCACCGAUCGAAGACGGUGAAGCGUUCUGCCGGAGACAUGUACAGCCCAUCUUUUGAAUUGGACUACGACUUUCAGAGAGACUACUACGACCGGAUGUACUCGUACCAGUCCCGGGUGCCUCCUCCCCCCCCGCCCCUGUCCCGCGCCGUCAUCCCCUCAAAGCGUCCCAGGGUCAGUGUGAGCGGAGGAGGAAGCCGACGAACCAAAACCAGCUUCUCGUCCUCGUCCAAAAGCAGCCAGAGGACGUCCCGUACAAGUCAGUCCAACGCCGUCCCUGCCCCGCGGAGUCGCUUCACCGGGGAUCCUCGUGACUCUCCUUCUGCUCCUGUCUCAGCAGUGAGGACGGAUGAUCUGCAGACCAUCAAGAGGGAGCUGACGCAGAUCAAACUCAAGGUGGACUACCUGCUGGAGAGCUUAGGGCACAUGGAGAAGGACCACAGCAAGAAGUCAGAGAUGAAGAGCAGCAAACCAGAGCCCGGAGAACUGUCCCCACUCCACUCGUCCACCUCCAGCAAGAAGGACGACCGGAUGAAACGGGACAGAGCGAUGAACGACUCCGAGGAGGAAGAGGAGGAGGAGGAGGGAGACCUGCUGGAUGAGGAAGACGAGAUGAAGAGCAGAGGAAGAGACGAGGAUGAGGAGGAGGAAGAGGAGGAGGAGGGCGAGCAGGAGGAAGGAGAGGACGACGGCGACAGCGCCAACGGAGACGAGCUCUAAACUCAACAGACGCACGAGCACAGAACCGCUGAGAUCGCGUUUCCACGACAGACGCGUGUCACGUGCUCACAUCUGCUGACUGGACAUUAGUACAUUUGUAUUCCUCUCUGUCGCACAGACACACAAACUCAUUGUCACUGUGUGUCCGCUGCUUCUUUCGGGAUUUCUUCGUUUUUAUUUUUAAUGUUUCUUUGAACUGUUUCUGACACUGGAGGAAACAUCUCAUUGAGACCAGAUGCUCGUUGGUUUGAGGAUAAAUGUAAAUGUGUUGCACGUUUGAACUCGGGGUCACGAGCUGUUUCCGUAUAAAAAACAACAGAGAGCAUUCGGCAGUUAUUGAUUUUUAGACCAAAUUUGAACAAAUGACCACUCAGCAGUGGCCGACAUUUGAAAUUACACGCUAAGAAAUAUCCUGAGGUGCAAAGUUUUGAAUUUAAGACAAAGAACCAGAUGUGGUAGAAAAGCCCAGGCUUCAGUUUCAUUUGUUAUUAACCUCGAUCCGGCUGCUGCACCGCUGCUUCCUCGCCAGCAGAUGGCAGCGUGUCACAACAAGGACUCAACAUCUGUCGCGUCUCAUCUUCACCUUCUGCUCGUCAGACAGGAACCUCUCUGCUCGGGAACUCUUCUUCUGUGUGGUCGAGCUGCUGUGACCUCUGUCGACCUUCACUUGUGAUGCAGUGCUCCUCCAUGUUUGUUUCUGUUUGUCACUCCGGCUGCAGGUGAGAGUCCAAUUAAUAUGUUUUCCAAAGUUGGACCCUAUAUGAGAUUUGGGAAGAGCCCAUUUCGAUGUGUUCACUUCAUUGUACUGUAUAACGAUAUAUAAUAAUAAAGUUUAUAAAAAGGUU